GAGCUCUUCACCCUGACCUAUGGGGCUCUGGUCACACAGCUCUGCAAGGACUAUGAAAAUGAUGAAGAUGUGAAUAAACAGCUGGACAAAAUGGGCUAUAACAUUGGCGUCCGACUAAUUGAAGAUUUUUUGGCACGGUCAAAUGUUGGGAGGUGCCAUGACUUUCGGGAAACUGCAGAUGUCAUCGCCAAGGUGGCGUUUAAGAUGUACUUGGGUAUCACUCCAAGCAUCACCAAUUGGAGCCCAGCGGGUGACGAGUUCUCCCUCAUUUUGGAAAAUAACCCCUUGGUGGACUUUGUGGAACUUCCUGAUAACCACUCAUCCCUUAUUUAUUCCAAUCUCUUGUGUGGGGUGUUGCGGGGAGCCUUGGAGAUGGUCCAGAUGGCUGUAGAAGCCAAGUUUGUCCAGGAUACCCUAAAAGGAGACGGUGUGACAGAAAUCCGGAUGAGGUUCAUCAGGCGGAUUGAGGACAAUCUCCCAGCGGGAGAGGAAUGACCAACCCCAGGACUUGGAGCUGGCCAGCAGGAGCAUUUGUUGGAUCAGAAGCCCUCAGUGCUCCUUCUGCCUCCUAGAACUCAGUGACUCUCUAACACGGGUGUUAUAGAUCCUUCUCACUUUGUUUCCAUUCUCCAUGCUAAUAAAGAGCAGAGUG